GAUUGGUCGGCCCAUUUUUAUGCUUUAUAAUUUUUACGUUUUCCUCUAAUGUUUUGUGUACUAUGUUGAUAAUACAACAUAUUAGAUAAAACUGCAAACUUCAGUAAUUCAUGCUAUCAUUGAAAUGUUAAGAUGAUUCCGAUAAAGGAUAACCAAGAUGUGGCAUCUUUUCUUGUCACAAAACAUUCCUGGAAGGGAAAAUACAAGCGGGUUUUCUCCAUCGGGACCCUUGGAAUUACGACAUACAACCCAGACCGACUGGAGGUGACCAACAAAUGGCUAUACUCGGACGUCAUCACAAUAGCCUCAGCAAAACAUUCCAACUCAACAGCCAACCAUGACUUCACUCUGGUUACGAAGAAAGAUAAAAAAGUAGAUUCUAUGAAAUUCUCUUCAGAACACAAGUGCUUAAUACUCACAGAGGCAUUUAAAUAUCGGAAUCACUUUGCUGAAAAGCCCAAGGAUAUAUUGAGAUUUCAAGCAUACAAACAUCAUUGGAGUGGUACAAGACUGCCAGUGGUUUUGGAAGUAGGUCCCUGCUCCCUAGAGCAGUUGGAUCCCUCAACACACUCUCAACUAGCCAGUUAUCCGUACCACGACAUACAUGGCAUCCUGCCAGUCCGAGAUGUAGUCGGUGGAUUUGUUUUGGCUAUUGGUGGGUACAGCCGACUUCACCAUUUCUCAAAUGCCAACGAUCAUCAAGUAAUAAUAAGCAAGAUGUUGGAAAUGGCAAAUCUGACUCUCAGUAUAUCAAUCAAAGUUCUUUCAACUACAAUAACCCAGGAUGAUUACCACAAUCAAAGAUUUGGGAAAUACAGCGGCGACGAGCACCAGACGUCCCUCAGUGAGUUCAUGGUGCACAAAGUGGUUCCCGCGCGCCACAUGGAGCCGAUGCGCCGCACGCUCUGUCUGUCUGACACCUGCAUACUGGAGAGAGACCCGCAGACAUACUCUGUGGUAUGUCUCCGUCCCCUGAGCGACGUGUUCGCCCUGGUCCGCGACCCCGACCACCCGCAGCGGUUCUCGGUUGAGUACGUCAACGGACAAGUACGCACAUACCUCGCCGGUGAAAGGGACGCACUGCUAGCGUCGCUAGUAGAAGGUGGGCGGGGGGCGGGGCAGCGCGACGUACACGUGCGGUCGCGCCGCACGCCGCGCGGGUUGCGGCUCGGCCCGCUGCACCUGCCUGUCGAUGAGGAGACAGAGUCUAAUCAUCUCAGGCUGUUCCUAAACCCAGUGGGCAUGGCGCGCGCCGAGGUGCUGGAACGUUUCAACGCCAACGUCGGCUACAGCGGCCUGAUAUACUCCGUCAGUCAGGAUGCCCGUCCUCUGUUGUGGCUGUUUCUAACGUGGGAUCUUCGUCUCUUCGCGGAGAACAAAGAGAAGUUAAUAACUGGGGCUCUGACAGCACUAAUGUCGAGCGCGCCGGCCGGGGCCAACCUGUCCCUGAGCGAGCUAGAAGCACAGUUCCACGCUUUGAGGAGACUGUGUGCCAGUAAAGUGGGCUUCGCUGCCUUCACUACAUUGCCGGGGUUACGCGAGUGGGUGGGGUCAGCGGUCGUGAGCGCGUUGCGUCGCGACGCCGCUGCGGGCGCGCACGCGGCGCUAGAAGCGGUGUGCGCGCUGUUACAGCCGAUGCACGCUGAACCCGAUCUACGCCAGGAGCAGCUGAAUAAAGCGAGUAUGCUCGCCUCGCCGCCCUUCUUAGAUGGAUUGCUGUCGAUGUGGGCGCGACAUGUGUCAGCGGGAACGGGCGCGCUGGUGGUGGCGGCCAUGUUGGAUUUCCUGACGUUCGCGCUGUGCGUGCCGUACAGCGAGACGACGGACGGCAAACAGUUCGACCAGCUGCUGGAGAUGGUCGCGAACAGGGGACGGAUCAUAUUCAAGUUGUUUGAGCACCCCUCACUGGCUAUUGUACGCGGUGCUGGUCUCGUUGCGCGCGCGCUGGUCGAAGAAGGCGCGUGCGGCGUUCGCGUGCAAGCACUAGCUCUAGCCGAAGCGGCUUUACCGCGGCAUCUGCUGGCCGCGCUGUGGGCGCCGCCGCGGCUGCACCACCGCCACCUGGCGCGACACCUGCUGGCGCUGUGGACCGCCGAUCACCCGCCCGCCAUGGAGCUGCUGCGCCGCAUCAUGCCGUCAGGUCUGCUAGCGUUCCUGGACUCGGCGGACGCGCCGCCGGCGUGGGAGGAGCGCGAGCCGGAGCGGGACAACCUGCAGCUCGCUCAGGCGACGGUGAAGCAGCGCGCGCCGCACUGGGAGGCGAUUGAGCGACAGGUCAAAUACGUGGAGAAACAUAUUGAGCAUUACGCAUCUUUAGCUCUACAACAUUGGGCGCUGAAAACCCGCGGCAAUGAUCCGCGCAAGGAGCUCAAAGACAGGCCGGUUGUGUUGCGGCGGCGGCGCGAGAGGGUCAAGUCCACAGCCAACUGGCCGAUGUUCUACUACCAGUUCCAUAGAGACCACGCGCUACCCAACCUUAUAUGGAACCAUACGACGCGAGAAGAGUUACGAACAGCCCUGGAGAGCGAACUACGCGCGUUCACAGCGGACCGCGAGGCGGCGGGUGCGGCGCUUACGUCGUGGAAUCACGCGGAGCUAGAGUUGCAUUACCGCUGCCUGCAGGACGAGGUCCGCGUCGGCGACUACUACCUGCGAAUACUGCUGGAGCAGCGCGACAACGUCGAUAGUCCUAUACGCAAGUCGUACGAGUUCUUCAACGACCUAUACCACCGGUUCCUCUCGACGCCGAAGGUGGAGAUGAAGUGUAUGUGUCUGCAGGCGAUGUCUAUAGUCUACGGACGAUACUACGACGAUAUCGGCCCGUUCGCGGACACCAAGUAUAUCGUACAGAUGUUGGAUCGUACGUGCGACAGAAUGGAGAGAGACAGACUAGUUCAGUUCGUGUCGAAAUUGAUUUUACACAAGAGGAACGUGAGCGAAAUAUUAGAAUGGAAUGGUAUUAGAAUCCUAGUAGACCUCAUGACGCUAGCUCACCUCCACACGUCGCGCGCCGUGGUGCCGACGCAGACCAACGUAAUUGAGGGUCCCGCAGCCAGCACUGACGGUGAUCGAGAGUGGUAUUACAACGUGGAGCAGGGGGACAAGGUCACGAGGAAGGGACCUGUGAGCUUCCACCAGCUCAAGGAACUAUACAAGUCUGGGGAGAUAACGAACAAGACGAAAUGCUGGGCGAAUAGCAUGGAGGGCUGGCGGGCUCUAGGCGGCGUCCCGCAGCUGCGGUGGAGCCUGGCGGCGCGCGGCACGCCCGCCAUGACGGAGACCGACCUCGCCGCCACCGUGCUCGACCUGCUCAUCACCGCCGCCAGAUACUAUCCCAGCAGGGACGAAGAAGACGCCAUAAUAAGGCCAUUACCAAAAGUGAAAAGAUUGUUGUCUGAACCGGCGUCUUUAGCGCAUAUCGUCCAGUUGCUUUUGACUUUCGACCCAAUACUGGUGGAAAAGGUUGCAACACUUUUGUACGAAAUAAUGCAAGACAAUCCGGAAAUAUCGAAGUUAUACCUCACGGGAGUUUUCUACUUUAUGCUGCUUUAUACGGGCUCGAAUCUGCUACCCAUCGCGAGAUUUUUGCGGUUGACUCACAUGAAGCAAGCCUUUAGAGCGGACCAAAGUUCCUCAGACAUAAUUCAGCGUUCGAUACUCGGUCAGCUGUUGCCUGAAGCGAUGGUGUGUUAUCUGGAAAACCACGGCGCGGAGAAGUUCGCACAGAUAUUCCUCGGCGAGUGGGACACGCCCGAGGCGAUAUGGAACUCGGAAAUGAGACGCCUCCUAAUAAUGAAAGUGUCCGCCCACAUCGGGGAGUUCACGCCCCGUCUACGCGCACACGUCGCCGCCCGCUACCCCUACCUCGCUUGCCCGGCCGUCUGCUAUCCGCAGCUGCGCUCCGAGCUGUUCUGCCACAUGUUCUACUUGCGACACCUGUGCGACGAAUCACGGUUCCCGGAUUGGCCGAUACCGGAUCCGGUGGAGCUCCUAAAAGAAGUGUUGGAGGCGUGGCGUCGUGAGGUCGAGAAGAAGCCGGCUUCGAUGACGGCGGAGCAGGCGUACGCGGCGCUCGGGUUGACGCCGACGGCGGGCGACGAGGCGGCCGUGCGACGCGCUUACUACCGCCUGGCGCAGCAGUACCAUCCUGACAAGAAUCCUGAGGGCCGGGAUCGCUUUGAAGCCGUGAACCAAGCGUACGAGUUUCUAUGCAGUCGCAACUUGUGGACAGGCGAGGGACCCAACACGAAUAAUAUACUGCUCAUACUACGCACACAGACUAUUCUAUUCAAGAGAUACUCGGACGUUCUCGCGCCGUACAAGUACGCGGGGUACGGGCAGCUGCUGCGGACGGCGCGGCUGGAGACGGAGGCGGAGGCGCUGUUCGCGGACCGCGCACCGCUGCUGCCUGCCGCCGCGCAGCUCGCGCGCGCCACCGUCGCCUGCUCCGCGCUCAACGCCGAGGAGCUGUGUCGCGAGGGCGGCCUGCAGGUGCUGAGCGCGGCGCUAUCACGCUGCGUGGGCGUGGUGGGGUCGAGCGGCGCGGCGUCGGAGGUGUGUGCGGCGUGCGCGCGCUGCUUCGCCGUGGCCGCGCGCUUCCCCACCUGCCGCGCCGCUGCCGCCGCCCUGCCCACGCUCGCCUCGGACCUCAUACCGCUCGUGAAACGCACGGAGUUGGGCGACACGUCAUGCGCGGGCGCAGAAGCGAUGGCGGCGCUGGCGGCCGAGCCGAGUAUACGCACGGCGCUAGCGGACGCGGGCGCGCUACACGUGUUACUGCCAGCGGCCCUGCGAUACGACUACACGCUCAGCGAGAGCGGCCUUGGGAACGAUGUGCCGAGUGAACAGGAGGUGGCGAACCGUCUUGCGACACAAAGUAUAAUAGCCCUGGCGGCGAUGUACGGCCCGCACGCGGAGCGCUCGGACGCUGACGAGCGUAUACGUACGGCGCUACACACGCUGCUCACGCCGUACUUGUGCGAGAAGCUGGCCGCGCCGGACACGCAUGAGCUCCUCAAGACGCUAACGUCUAACUGGCGUACGCCGUAUCUAGUGUGGGACAACUCGACGCGGGCGCAACUGCGUGAGACAUUACGGGCGUGUGCGAACAAUAUAGACGGGCCGCUGGUACCGCCUUUUACUUACUCCGCGCAUGAUCAACUGUUGGUUGUGGGCGGAGUCUAUGUGGGGAUAUACAAUGAGCAGCCGGACUUUACUAUUGAGAACCCUCAGCAAUUCGUCAUCGACUUAUUGGAGUUCCUUCACACGGAGACACAGCUGGAAAUGACAGAAGAACGCAUCGAAAACAUGACCAGUGCACUCAACGCCCUUGCCAAUUGUAUUAUAAAGAAUCCUGGCGCAGAGCUACAGUGUAUCGGUCGUUUCGGCGUCAUAUUCGGUCUGCUGUCGUUGGCUGCGGCGCGCGGGGCGGCGCUGCGAGCGCUGCGGUCGGCAGCGGGCGCGCGGGCGUGCGUGGAGGACAUUGCGGCUGCGGCGUUACUCGGACACCUACUGCCGUUGCUGGCUAGACCCGCCCCGGACGAAGCGCUGGCAGCGCUGACCGCGUUGUUGGCGAACACGGCGCUCGUUAGAGAGGCGUUGGCUAAAGGAGCUGUGAUAUACCUAUUAGAUUUAAUUUGUAAUAGUAAGAUACCGGAAACUAGAGAAGCCGCAGUGGAGGUACUCGCUAGAAUGAUGGCUGACAAACUGCACGGACCUAAGGUGCGUUUGACGGUGUCGCGUUACGUACCUGGCGUGUUCGCGGAGGCGGCGCGCGAGGCGGGCGCUGCGGCGGCGUUACACGCGCUCGACUCCAACCACGAACAUCCGGAACUUGUGUGGACGGACGACGCUCGCGAGCGUGCGCGCUCGCACAUCGCGAUGCUCAGAGACAGACACUACAACAAUCAGUUGCGCGAUCCGUCCGCCAUCUUCGAGGAUCGUGAGGCUUCAGAGCGCGAGGUAGAAUGGGCGCCGGCGGGCGAGAUCAUCGUCGGCGGGGUCUACCUGCGCCUGUAUCUACAGAACCCGCACUGGGCACUCCGCAGCCCUAAACGGUUUCUACAGGAACUGCUCAGUGAGACGCUGACCUCGCUCUCUAAGGACGCCAGUGAGGGUAGUCGCGGCGAAGUAUGUGCGUGCGCAUUAGCGACGUUGCUACGUGCGCGCCCGCCAUUAGCGGAUGCGUGCGCGGCGCUCGGCGAGUUACCCCGAUUAGCAAGAUUGCUGCCCGCUGCGCCGAAACAUAUCGUACCUGUGUUGGCUGCGAUAGCUGAGUCACAGGCAUGUGUAGUCGCUCUCAGCGAUACGGACGUGAUGUUGGGCGUCAAGACCGCAGUGAAAACGUGUCGCGAGUCCGUGGGCGGAGCGUGUGAGGCGCUCGCGGCUAUGUUCAGUUGUAACGCGAAUACUGAUAAACUGGUGUUACAGGCGCUAGAAGUGGAUCUCAUCGGCGAGCUAAUAUCUCUACUAGAGAGCGGGCUAGCGGGCGGGGCGGCGGCGCGCGCGGUCAACGCCCUGAAGGCGAUGGGGCGGAGCCCGGCGCACGGCGAGCGUGUACGUGCAGAGCUCGCGCGCCGCCCCGCCUGGGAACGGUACGCGGCGCAGCGACACGACCUGUUUAUUGCGGCGCCGCAGCGAAACGCUUUAGCUGGAACACCUCAAACUGCGGGCUACCUGACGGCGCCGCCGGCCGCGCCGCCUGCAGUGCCGCCGCCUAUCGACUGAGUGAGGUGACACUGACCAUAGACUAUAUUAUGCCACAGAUUAUAUUAUGAAUAAUAGUAUCAUACGAUAGACCAUAGAUAAAAGAUAAGAGAUAUGAUACCAUAGACAAAAGACUAAAGAGAAAUUCGUACAUUGAUCUUUUGGCCUAACAUACUUGCCAUGUUAUAGUGCAGUUUACUGGCGAUAAUUUUUUUAGACUUAUUUGAUUCUAUGUGAAUCGUUGGUCAAAAUGUCACGCCUUUUUUUCCUACACACAAUGAAUGAGAGAAACAGAGAUAAAGUAUUCUAUCCAUAAUUAAUUUCAACGGCGAUGAUUGGCACAACAAUAUUAUUAUGCUAGUGUAAUAGUGUGUCAAUGUACUAAUUUCGGUUUUAGUGACUUCUAAAUGUCUGCCUGCGUGUACCUUGUGCGAUUAAAAAUGGCGCCGUACCACAGACAAUAGAGCUGCGUAAAAGCAGUGAUCUCUUCUGAUUGCAAAUAUUAUGUGUGUAUUGUUUUUUAAUCUGUAUUAAAUAUAAACGACCAAGAGCUCGUUUUGGAGUGUCAUUGAUGGUAUUCGUAAUUUGGUCAGCUUUCCUUACAACUAGGUUAAAACUUAAAAGCUUUAUGUGUGAUAGUACUUUGGAAAAUACCAUUUAGAGCCAUAAUAUAAUACUUUUAUUAAAAUUAUUUUAUACAUUUUUUGUAGACAUAAAAUGUAACUCAAUGUA